ACAGGCUUGUCAGUUAGUCUUGUCAAAUUCGAUCUGUCAAUCAGUCCAAGUGGUCGAUCGUAAAAAAGUCGUCAUUUUACAUUAUUCAACUUGAAAAAUAGUCUUAAAACUGCAAAAUGCAGGGCUUGGACCUUAAAUCCCUUAAAAAGCAUCCAUCGCUUAUUCCAUUGUUUGUCUGCCUUGGGGCCGGUAUGAUUGGAGCUGCACUAUACACCAUAAGGUUGGCUGUCAGAAAUCCUGAUGUUCAAUGGCAGAGGACAGGAGAAAUUUCCAAUGAGGAAUUCAGAAGCAAGCAGUACAAGUUCUACUCCCCCACUAUUCCUAAAGACUUGGAAAGUCCAGCUCCAAAGUAUUAAGAGUUGCUCUACAAGUGAUAAAAGUAAUUUAAUUGUUAGAUGUCUUAGUUGCUAAAUAAAGUAAACUUAUUGCUAA